ACUCAUUAUUUGAGUGAAACAUAUGUCACGUGGGGUAUUUGUCACGCACGUGCCUCCCUUUGGAAAAAGACAUGUGUAUACUUUGGCUCUGCGUUUAGUGGGCAACUGCGACAAAAAAAUCUUCGAUACAAUUGACGUUUUCCACUUCCAUUUUGGUUUCUCUCUCUCUGUUUCUACAUGUUCAUCACAGCGCCUUCAUCAUCAAUCUCCAUCGGUCCUUCGCAUUGUUUCACAUGUCAUGCUGAUGGAGUUGGUUGCUCGCCAUCAUUUGGAGCUACAGGUAAUUGGAUCAAACCAUCGCAUGAGGUUCAGAGAUUCUCUGACCAUUCAGGUAUAAGUUUCAGGACUGAGAAUCCUUUCUUUGGAGCUGCACAAUUGCACUGGCUUCCUGUAGGACAUGAGAUUAGCCUUUCAAGACUUUCAGUUGCAGCAGAUUACCCAGAUUCUGUUCCUGAUUCUACUAACUAUGUCGGAAAAAGUGGCUAUCACCCUCUUGAAGGUAUGCGGGACCACAAAAGAGUUCGUGAUGCUGUACUUACAGCUGCUGAAACAGCAAGGACAACUGUUGAGGCUAAUAGCAAUGCUUUGUUGAUAUUCCCUGGCAUGGUUCAUUGUGAACCUCAUGAACAAGUGUCAUGGGCAGAAUUUCAGUACAUGAUUGAUGAAUAUGGAGACAUAUUCUUUGAAAUUCAUGAUGACAAGAAUAUCUUGCGAGACCGUGAUGCAAGUAAUCCCGUGAAUGCAUUGAUUGGAAUGGGUUUUUCCCAAUACGAGAAGAGGAGGGCAGAAUCACCUGAUGACAUCAAUUUAGGAGGUGAUUCUAUUGAUGAUCCUUAUUUCUUUGACAACUACUUAGAGGUCGAAAAUUCCGAGAUGUCUGACUAUCAAGUUGAUUGGGGAAUGCCAGAUAGUUCUAUCAUGUUGCACCCACUUUAUUUCGCUAAGUGCUUGACUAAGGCUAUUCAUGUGAAACAUGCUAAGAUGAUGGAUAAUCCAUCGAAUGGCAUUUCAAUUUGGGGACGCCUCAAGCCUGCCUUCCUGGAAGAAGAAUAUUACGUGCGGAGGCUCUUCAAUGAUGAUGAAGUUAGUGAUGACUACACUUCGAAUUUGAAAGAUGGAGAAAGCUUUAGUUCAAGAUAUGACAAGAGCUGCAAUUUGUCUUCUAUCUACAGAUUGGAAAUCAUCAGAAUCGAGCUAUUUUCGGUAUAUGGUGCUCAAUUAGCUGUAAAUUUGCAUGACUUCGAGGAUGCUGAGCCCGAUAGUCUUGUACACUCAGUUCCAGCAAUUUUAGAUUGGUUUAUGCAGCAAGGAGUAAGGUGCAAAUAUGCACUUAAAGCUCUUUGCAGAAAGAAAGGACUCCAUGUUGAGAGGGCAAAUUUGAUUGGAGUUGACAGUCUGGGCAUCGACGUCAGAGUUCUCUCUGGAACCAAAGUAUGGACUCAUCGUUUCCCCUUCAAAGUCAGGGCAACAACAGAGAUUGCUGCUGAGAAACAGAUAAGGCAGCUUCUUUUUCCCAGGUCUCGCCGCAAGAAGUUUGGGAGUGCUGAAAGAGCUGGAGAUUUGGACUCACUUUAAAUUUAGUCUUACUGUUUAUGAAUAAACGUAUAUGUCUCUAAAUUCUUGUAUGCAGUUAGUCCUCAGUUUUGAUUUCUUGAAAGUUUUUGUGUUAGUGGGUAAGUAGUGAUGAUGGAUUUAAAUUCUAAUAAUCAACUCUCUUGGAUAAAAUAUAAAAGAUAAAAGGAGGGUCAAUAUUAACAUGAUAGAUGUGAUUUUUGCUGCCUUGCA